GGGGCUGCGGGGAGGGCGAGCCGGGGACUGGGGGCCCCAGGAGCUCAGCCAGAGCGCUGCGCACCCAGCCGGUCCGCCUGUCAGGCCGCCGCCUCUCCAGCCGCCCGGCUUACUGCCUUGCGGCGCCGGCCCUUCCUCAUGCUGGCACCCCCAACCCCCGAGACUGCGGUCCCCAUGUCCCAGGCGGAGGCCGACCUGGCCCUACGGCCCCCGCCGCCUCUCGCCGCCGCCGCCGGUCCGCCCCGCCUUGGGCCCCCUCCUCGCCGGGCGCGCCGCUUCUCCGGGAAGGCUGAGCCCCGGCCGCGCUCUUCCCGUCUCAGCCGCCGCAGCUCAGUCGACUUGGGGCUGCUGAGCUCUUGGUGCCAUCCAACCUCACCCGCUCCGGAGCCCCCUGAUCCUCCGGACUCCGCUGGUCCUGGCCCCGCGAGGAGCCCACCGCCUAGCUGUCCAGAGCCCCCCGAGGGCACGUGGACCGGGGGAGACCCCGUGAAGGCUGCAGACUCCGCGCGUCCAGAGCUCGCGGGCUCUGCAGGAGGCCGGGGGCCCCGGGAUCCGCCGACAGUCCCCGAAGCCGCGGCUCGGGAGCGGCAGCGGGAGCAGGAGGAAAAGGAGGAUACGGAGACCCAGGCGGUGGCAACGUCCCCGGACGGCCGAUACCUCAAAUUUGACAUCGAGAUUGGACGUGGCUCGUUCAAGACGGUGUAUCGAGGGCUGGACACUGACACCACGGUGGAGGUGGCCUGGUGUGAGCUGCAGGUGCGGCUGGGCGCCCUUCUGUGGCACCUCGGGAUGGGACCCUUUGGAGGUCUUGGGAUGAGAAAUCUGGGGGACGGCAGCAAGGGAGAGAUCUAUCUUUCCAGUCAAAUUUGGUGGUUGGCAGAGCAGUGCGGUGAAGGGUUGGCUUCUAAAGAUCAGUGCAGCGGGGAAGGGAGGAGUAGGAUCACUGAGCCCUCCUUCCCCUUCCUGCUGACCCCUUGCCAGGUGUAUAACGAGUUCAUUCUGCCCUCGGAGCGAGCCGGCUUCCUGAGUCGUAUUCGGGAGAUUAUCCAGCGAGUGGAAACCCUGUUGAAGAGAGAUACUGGCCCUGUGGAGGCUGCUGAGGACCUAUUGGGCCCCCAGGAGGAGCCAGCACCAUUGCCUGCCCUCUCGGGCCCCCUCCCAGACCCAUCCCGUGAGUUCCAGAGCAGCACCUCCCCGGAGCAGAGGAGCUGGGCAGCCUUCUCCACCUCCUCAUCUUCUCCUGGAACCCCCUUGUCUCCUGGAAACCUGUUUUCCCCCGGAACCCCUGUUUCCCCAAGUCCCAUCUUCCCCAUCACUUCUCCCCCAUACUCCAGCCCCUCCCCAUUCUCCCAAGUGUCUUCAAAUAUCUUGCCACACUCCCCCGGCUCUCCACUUGCGUUCUCCCCCAGUGCUGCCCAGUUCCCUGGCCCAGCCUCUCAUUCUCUGCAGAGCUCAGUCCUCCCUUCUCCGCCUGCCUUCUCUCCCAGUUGCUCCCAGGUGACUCUUACUCCUCCUUCCUUUCUCCCCUGCCCCUCCACCUCUACCCUCCCCUCCACCACAGCAGCCCCUCUCCUCUCUCUGGCUAGUGCCUUCUCACUGGCUGUGAUGACUGUGGCCCAGUCCCUGCUGUCCCCCUCACCUGGGCUCCUGUCCCAGUCUCCUGCAGCCCCUCCCGGUCCCCUACCUAGCCUGUCCCCGCCCCCUCCCCCUGCUCCUUGUGGCCAGGAGAGGCCUUCACCCUCAACAGCUGAGAUGGAGAGUGAGGCCCUGCCAAGUCCUGCUUGGCCACUCCUGGGGGAAGCCAGACUAGAGCCCAUCUCUGAAGAGGGGAAGCCGCAGCUUGUGGGGCGUUUCCAAGUGACUUCAUCCAAGGAACCAGCUGAGCCUCUUCCCCUGCAACCAACAUUCCCAACUCUCUCCAGUUCCCUGAAGCCUCCAACCCCUCAGCUGACCUCGGAGAGCUCAGACACAGAGGAUAGUGCUGGAAGCGGGCCUGAGGCCAGGGAGGCUCUGGCUGAGAGCGACCGUGCAGCUGAAGGCCUAGGGGCUGGAGUUGAGGAGGAAGGGGACGAUGGGCAGGAACCCCGAGUGGGGGGCAGCCCCCCACCCCAGAGCCAUCCCAGCCCAGUGUGGAUGAACUACUCAUACAGCAGCCUGUGUCUGAGCAGUGAGGAAUCCGAGAGCAGUGGGGAGGAUGAGGAAUUCUGGGCUCAGCUGCAGAGUCUUCGGCAGAAGCACUUGUCAGAGGUGGAGGCACUACAGACACUACAGAAAAAGGAAAUCGAGGACUUGUACAGCCGGCUUGGGAAGCAGCCCCCAGCGGGUAUCGUGGCCCCGGCUGCUAUGCUGUCCAGCCGCCAGCGCCGCCUCUCCAAGGGCAGCUUCCCCACCUCCCGCCGCAACAGCCUGCAGCGCUCUGAGCCCCCGGGCCCUGGCAUCAUGCGAAGGAACUCCCUGAGUGGCAGCAGCACCGGCUCCCAGGAGCAGCGGGCAAGCAAGGGGGUGACAUUCGCCGGGGAUGUUGGCAGGAUGGUGAGGGCGGGCCCAAGGGAGGGCAAGCCCAGGGAAUGGUAACUGACUGUAGCUUCACCCUCCUCCCAUCCUGGAGGUUUCUUCAGUGCUUUUUCUUUUCCCUCCAGUGAAUUCAGAACAGAAGCCAUGUGUCUCCCCCACACCAGGGCCCACCAUGGAGCUUGUGCUCUCAGAAUCUGCUGACCAACACAACUCUGCAAG